AUGGAGUACUUAUCAAGAUGUCUUGACAGCCUUAAUCAUAAUCCAGAUUUCAAUUUCCACCCAAGAUGUGAGAGGCUUCAUAUUACUCACUUGAUGUUUACUGAUGAUCUUCUAAUGUUUGCUAGAGCUGAUCAUAGUUCCCUUGAACUACUAUUUGAUGCUUUUAGUAAAUUUUCUCAUGCUUCAGGCCUUGUGGCAAACCCGGAGAAGAGUAAUUUGUACACUGCAGGUGUUACUGAGGAAGAGAAGAGUGAUCUACAGCUUAUUGUUAAGAUGCCAAUAGGCUCUUUCCCACUUAAGUACCUAGGAGUUCCUCUUACAACUAGGAAACUCUUUUAUCAAGAAUGCAAACCUCUCAUUGAAAAGACUGUUGCUUGA